CUACUCAGGUGUUGCUUGUUUCUUACGCAUAGUUAUACACAUAACGUUAGUGAACAAUCCUAGUUUUCUAACAUUUGAUAGUGUGCGCCUCCAUGUCGAAGUAUAAGACAUCUGGAUACAAAGGUUCAUAUGACAGUACCAAAACUGAGGAGCGGGAGGUAAGAAGUUGUGUGCGUUACAAAUGUGGCCUACUCAACACCAUACAGGAUGUCCUGCGCCAAAGACCAGGCUGGAUUGAAGUCAAAGAUGAUGGAGAGUGGGACUUCAACUGGUGUGAUGUGGGCUGGCUCAGGGAGAAUUUCGAUCACUCAUACAUGGAGGAACAUGUUAGGAUAAACCACUUUCGCAACCAUUAUGAGCUGACCCGCAAAAACCUCAUGGUGAAAAACCUCAAAAGAUACCGGAAAAAUCUCGAAAGGGACAUUGGCCGCAUGGAAGCAUCCAAAUGUGAUUUUUUCCCCUGCACCUUUGCACUGCCCAGCGAAUAUCACCUCUUUGUAGAGGAGUUCAAAAGAAGCCCUGGCAGCACCUGGAUCAUGAAGCCGGUGGCAAAAUCUCAAGGGAAAGGCAUUUUCCUUUUCAGGAAAUUGAAAGACAUUAUGGAUUGGAAGAAGGAUGGCACCCGCUCAGAGGAACAGAAGGAUGCAGCUCAAGUGGAAAGCUAUGUGGCACAACGCUAUAUAGAGAACCCCUACCUCAUUAAUGGCAGGAAAUUUGAUCUGAGGGUGUACGUGCUGGUCACAUCAUAUGUUCCCUUGAGGGCCUGGCUGUAUCGAGAUGGCUUUGCCCGCUUCUCGACAACCCGCUUCUCCCUUAGCACCAUUGAUGACAAGUAUAUGCACCUCACCAAUGUGGCUGUUCAGAAAACGGCGCCAGACUAUGAUCCUGAAAAGGGUUGUAAGUGGCAGAUGCAGCAGCUUCGAAGAUACCUGACUGCGAAACACGGCAGAGAGACGAUAGAAACUCUGUUUCAAGAGAUGGAUAACAUAUUUGUCCGCAGUCUACAGAGUGUACAAAAGGUCAUUAUAAAUGACAAACACUGCUUUGAGCUGUAUGGGUACGACAUUCUGCUGGAUCAGAACCUCAAACCGUGGUUAAUUGAGGUGAACGCCUCUCCGUCACACACACCCAGUAGUCAAGAGGAUUACGAGAUGAAGUGCCGUCUGCUGGAAGACACUUUGAAUGUUGUUGAUAUGGAGGGACGGCUGAGUGGCAAGGAGAAAAGGGUGGGUGGCUAUGAUCUCAUGUGGAACGAUGGGCCUGUCUAUAGAGAGGAUGUUAACCUAGAAACAUUUGGCAGUUCGUGUUUCACUGCCAACACACACUUAGGGUGUGUGAAUGACAGAGAGAAGCAGCUUCGUCAUCUUCUAAAACCAUUUCCAUGCCAGAAAAGGAUGUAAGACACUUAUCAUUGUUAUGUCCCACCGCUAUGGUACUUGGAAUGUGUUUUGGAGAAGACAGGCUCCAGUGAGCACAAAUAACUGAAAAAACAUUAGUAAUAUUUCAUGUAAAAUGAGUUCUCUGUGAUGAUCUGAUCAGAUUCCAAGCACCUAGGUUACAAUCUCACCAUGCAAAUGAAUAAAAACUACACUUUCUUAAAACUUUAACCAAGCAUGUAAUACUUCCAAUUGCCAGAGUUAAAAAAACAAGUAUACUGGUAUAAAUAUGUUUUGCUUAUGAAUGCACUCAUUGGCAUGAUUAAUGAAUGAAGUGUAUGUGGUUAAGUUUGGGAUUUU